CGACCGUUGCAACCAAUCAGAUAAAAAAGACAAUGCUCUGUGCACGAUCGUUCAAAGUGGCAAUUUCUAAAGAAAAUUAUUCGCACAGCUGUCGCGUACGCGUAUGCACAGCAUGUGCUCCUCGUCGAAACGUUUCUUGCGAAUAAAGAAGAAAACUAAUAGUUUGAGAAAGAAAGUGAAAGUACGAGGGAGUGAAUGAACGAGAGCGAGCAAUUGUUAGCGUGCAUCACUGCGUUGGUUUCUGCCCAGUAUCAGCCAGACGUGGACGGUGGUUUGCCACCAAAAGGACUGCCAAUCCCUCUGCGAUCGGCACGUUUCCAGAGACUACCAUCCGCUCGACCAGUGGUCCAAACGCAGGCUAUACUUACGAAUCAACGAAUACGUCGUCCAAUUUCGUUCAGACCAAAAGGUGCCGAGGAUGGACCUGGAACAGGGCCAGGAUCAUUUUCACCAGUCAAACCGUUACGACCGAACUUAUCCACGGGACCAGGGUCACUGGCUCACCAGGUUAAACCCGUGAACGAGGAACCGGAAGAAGACGUACGGAACCGUGAACCAUCGCGAAAUCACGCCAAUCAAGACGACGAUGAGAAUCUGAGCGAUGAACAAUUAGACAGUCAAGAAGAUAGCGAAGAAAACAUACCACGGCCCAUAUCGAAUCCUAGUAGCGGGGGCCCGAUAUCGAGAAGUCCGAAUCUAGGAGGUCCAGGUCAACCGAUUCCGGUACAAUACCGUCCUCUGCAACAAAUACCGCUGCCAACUGGCAGAGGAGUAGCACAAACGACACAGCCUCCACCGCCAGUACAGUACCGUCAGCCGCCAAAACCGAACAAACCGAGAAAACCAAUUGAGGAGCCCUUCAGACAACCAGCAAAGGCACCUCCAAAAUCCGUGAAAUCGCCAUACGAAGGUCGUGGAAAGAAACCGGUUGCUCAGAUCAUCAGGCGAUAUCGUAAUGAUAAUCCGGACGGUUCGAUCACCUGGGGUUUCGAGAACGACGAUGGAUCCUACAAAGAAGAAAUAAUUGGUAUCGAUUGCUUAACGAGAGGCAAAUACGGAUAUAUCGAUCCAGACGGUAUUCGUCGAGAAUACACUUACGAAACCGGGAUCAGAUGCGACGAAGAACAACGAGAAGAAGAUGAAGAGAAUGGUUUUGUAGAUUAUCAAGAAAACAAAUUGGUUCUUCCCGACGGCAAGACUAUAGAUCUCUCUAACAUGGGUAAAAAACAAUCUCGCAGGCCUCGUUUUUAGUAACCGAUAAUUAAGAAAAAUUCUACGUUAAAUCUUUUUCGUUAAUUAAUACCCACCUAUGAUACAAACUUGACAAAGAAUGAAAAGGAGACAUAUUCCAUCUUUUAACGUUACAAAUUUAAAAAAAAAUCAUGUAACAGAAAAUAAUUAUAUAUGUUAUUAAUAGCCAGAAGAGCUUAUAGAUGUUCACUAUUUUGUUUUUUCAAGAAGUUUGGAGAGAAAAAUGUUACAUGGAGGAAAUAACAUUUAAUGAUUUAUUUCGUUAAGUAGCGAUCUAGUAAUGCGAGCUCUAUUAUGACGAUUGUCGUUAUGUGCGUAUUCGCAAUGUUCAAAAUUUUUAACUAGAUUAUUUAGAAUGUAUAUCUAUAUCGUGUACAUAUGAUUGUAGGUACCUGUACGGAGUUGAUCGAAUAAAAAUAACAAAAUAUACGUAUUAUGUUGAGUAAUAUCAUGAUCAUCGAUAAAUUAUAACAACUUAUCCUUAUCACUAGUUUCUAAUACUACGUACUAUAGUACAUACAACAACGACAUAAUUUAAACAACUUAAAUGUAACAAAAACACACCGGAAAACAAUAAUUUGAUUUAUUGUAUUACAUAUUUUAUGAUUCUCUACUUCCCUAUUCACUGUGAAUGAUCACAAAUAAGUCCGUCCAGAUGCCGCUAUAACCAGAAAUGCAACGCAAAGCAAUCGAGUUGCCAUUGUAUAAAAUUAAAUACAAAAUGAGUACAAAUAUCAAGUGUUAACGGUUUAUAGCAUG